CUCUGUGGUUGUAUCCAUUCAAGAGCUUGCCGCGGCUGCUGGCGUACAGAAAAGGAUCAGCCUGCCCGCAUAAGGAAAGGACGUACAUUUAAUGUGUGAGCCUCGACAAAGCAGGUCAAGACUUCAGAACGUAAUAGGGUGGUAUAAAUUAACGAAGGUAACGAUAUAACAAACCAAACGACUUCUGCUUCGGAUUUUCAAUUCUUAUUUUUUUGUACUACAAGAGCGAAGGCUGAAAACUUGUGCAACGGGAGGACAGAACAGUAAGCGGCGUAUACUCUCUGCCAUAGUAGCUAUUGCAUUCAGUGAUUCAUUGAUAAAUGCACAGGCACGCUCUGCAGAAUCCUAUGAAUGAGGACUGGUGUAGGUCAUCUGCAAAUUAAUAUCAGAACCAACCUUUUCAGUUUAGCAUGCCCAAAGGACAAUCAAGGGUGUGAAAAAAUUAUUGCUUAAUUAGCGAAAUUGUUCGAAAUUGAUUUAUUUUUUGUGUGUGCGGUUAUUUCCUCAAUGCCCUAGUGCUACCAGUUAAGGUGCUCGCAUCUUUUCUAUUGUGCAAUUGUAUUCUCCUGCUCUUUCGGAAACAUUUUUUUUACUAAUGCUAGAUAAGUUGAAAACCGUUCAUUUCGAUUCGGCAAUGGCGAUCAGUAAGACCGUGGGUUGGUUGAAAGAGCAGCUCCAGACGAGAAGCGAUAGCUUGCUGGUAAUGGACUGUCGAGCCCAAGAGCUUUACGAGUCCUCGCAUGUCGAGACGGCCAUCAAUGUGGCCAUACCAAGUCUCAUGCUCAGGCGGCUCAAAAAGGGCAACCUGCCUAUCAAAUCGCUGCUGGCAAACGGGGAGGACAAGGAGAAAUUCGCCCGGAGAUGCAAGACGGACACGAUCGUGCUUUACGACGAGUACAGCAGGGACUGGAACGAAAAUGUCGACGGAGGUUCGGUGUUGGGCUUGCUGUUGAGGAGAAUGAAAGAUGAAGGAUACAGGGCUUUUUACUUGGAAGGCGGCUUUAGUAAAUUUCAAGCCGAAUUCCCUGCCCUGUGCGAGACCAAUCUGGACAGCUCUUCCACUACUAGUUCCCCUACCGCUCCGGUGCUCGGGCUAGGAGGGCUGCGAAUCAGCUCGGAUUCUUCAGACAUCGAGUCCGACAUCGACCGCGACCCCCACAGCGCAACCGAAUCUGACGGCAGUCCCUUAUCCAACACCCAGCCCUCCUUCCCCGUGGAAAUCUUGCCUCACCUUUACUUGGGGUGUGCGAAGGACUCCACAAAUUUGGACAUCCUGGAAGAAUACGGCAUUAAAUAUAUACUGAACGUGACCCCAAAUCUUCCCAACCUAUUUGAGAACGCCGGAGAGUUCAAGUACAAACAGAUACCAAUCUCUGACCACUGGAGCCAGAAUCUCUCUCAAUUCUUCCCCGAAGCCAUAAGCUUUAUUGAUGAGGCUCGUGGCAAGAAGUGUGGAGUUUUAGUCCACUGUCUCGCUGGGAUAAGUCGGUCGGUCACAGUGACUGUGGCGUACCUGAUGCAGAAACUCAACCUGUCCAUGAAUGAUGCAUACGACAUAGUCAAAAUGAAGAAAUCCAACAUCUCCCCCAAUUUCAACUUCAUGGGUCAGCUGCUGGACUUUGAGCGGACUCUGGGGCUGAAUAGCCCGUGUGACAACCGAAUCACAACCCAACCCCUGUAUUUCACCACUCCCACCAACCACAAUGUUUUCCAACUCGACCCCCUGGAGUCUACGUGAGACCUGAAAAGCAGUGACCCGAAGACGACGGCUCCUGAAAUUUUCUCUUCUGUCAUGCGUGACAUGAUUUACACAGCUGGGAUAAAUGAACAGCUGCUGGGCAUGCUUACUGAAAGGCGUGGCUGGCUGAUGUGAGGAAGCAGCUGUUUCGGAAAGGGAGUUCUACCUUAUGCUCUCUCUCUCUCCUUCUCUUGGACUCAAAGAGUUUUACUUGUCCCAAAGGCUAGAAGUUAAAGGUGCACAGUUGCAUGUGUGCAGCAGACUGGGAAGCUGAGAAUUCCAAAGAAAUGUGGCUGGUUGAACUUGAAAUGGUAUUAGCACAGGCACCUACAAACUUGGUACACUUGGGUGCUCUUUUUCUUGUCUUCAGUGAAGACGUGCCUGAAAUGAGAACUGAAUACUUUGCUAAAAUAAAGGCACAAGCUUUUGCUCUCCAUUUUUUCAUGGAGCAAUGUUGAAAAUGUGUGUAUAUAUUCUGUAUAUAUGUCUGUGUUAUGAAUGAAUAGUAAAGCCCUGCCCUUGUAUGUCAGAAAGGCCCUUUAAAAAUCAGUGAACACUGAUGUAUUUUUGUUUUCCAUUUCAUUUAAGCAACUAGAAUAUUGAUCAAUAUAAUCAUUUAAUAUGCCAAAACAAAUUGCAUAGGCUUUCAAGAUUUUAAUUCUGCAUAUACAGUACAUAUAUAAUAUAUUUUGGAUUACAUUUAACUGCUUUCUGAUGGUAAAGGUGUGGGUUUGAUGUAAAGGACUUUCUUUUGCAACCUUACGCAGAAAUCUGAAUCAUCUUGGUUUUCAUGCCUUAGUUAUGUACAUAAAAGUAGAAUUACUGUGUUAGCCCUCAUUGGAAUCACCAUGAUGCUCAUCAGAUCACAUUAAAUUUAAAAAGAAAUCAUCUAUGUACAUUUUUCACCACUACUUCAUUGUGAAGAGUAUACAGAUCUACAAUAGAAUGAUGCAUCUUCAGUAUUCUGUUUAAAAUUAUGAAUUUGUAUUGUUCUGGUUAUUUUUUAAAAUGUGUAUAAACAUACAAAGCCUACGGUAUAUAAAGGUGAUCUGAGUCCAAAUGAGAGUGCAUGCUACUGCUUAUGUAAUUCAGAUAUGUUCUUUAUAAGAUCUAGGGCAUCCAUUGGGGAUUAAUACAUAUACCCCAGUUUUUAUAUUUAUUGGGACCUCAGAGGGUUAAAGCUUGUAUUGUGCAUUUCUGUAGAAGGCUCUAAUUGCAGUUUUUGCAAUAGAACCUGGAUAAUUGAGAGGUAUUACCUCUGUUUUCCACUUCAGGGAUGUUAUAUUGUAUUGAAAAAUGCAAAGUUUUGUUAAAAGGAGACAAAUAAUUGGAAUUAGUUUCGGGUAACCCUGAGGAGCUGGCAAAGGGGGAAUGAGACUGUGCCCUUCACUUUCAUCGACCUGCUGUAUGAUGCAGGAUAUAUAAUCUUAAAAAUGUAUAAAAGAAAUAAAUUAUUAAUAAAGCACUAUUUUGUCUAUUCAGAAAUGAAA